GGCCGGGGCCCGGGCUCGAUUCUGCGACCGCGAGGUAUGGGAGCCGGUCCGCCGGGCCAGGCAGCGGUGCUAGGCGGCAGGGGCAGCGACGCUGCCGCCUUUCCCUUCUCCUGCCCCCGUCCCUGCUCCGCCGCGUCCUCGUCCUCGCUGGGUCCCCGCCGCCGCCGCCUCAGCCUCGGCGCUCCUCGGGUUUCGUCUCUCCAUCAAGGCCGGGCCGACCCGCAGGGACCAUCCCGAAAAGUGAGGGGUUGUUGCCGUUUCCCGCAGCUGUUGGUGGCCAUCUUUAAUCCUCCUCCUCCUCCUCCUCCUGCUUUCUCCACCUCCCGCUGGCUGCCUGACUGACUGACUCUGGAUCCUCCUCUUUCCCCUCCUGCUCCUCCUACUGAGCCGGCCGCAGAAAUUGCAGCCUCUCAGCUUCUACCCCCUCCUGCCUUUCCUUCCUCUUUCCUUACUUCCUUCCCUUCCCUCGGCUUCCCCCUCUCCCCUCACUCUCAGCGGCUACCUUCGCCCCCGUCUGCAGGCAGCGCCGCUGGAUGCUCCCAGCUGGACUUCAACCCCAGACGCGCCUCUUCCCCGCCCCGCUCGCUCCCC